AUGGGGGGGUUUGGGAGCAAGGUUGUCAAGACAGAGACUCCUGUGGAUGGAGUCCAGCCCCAGCCUAGCCCGGCACUUGCCAUAGAUGGACUGACCAAAACUAGCAAGAUGAAGGUGAAGUGGAGUCAACUGGGCCUGAUCUUUUUCUUGCUGUUAUCUGUCAUUAUGACAUCUUGCUUCAUCUGGCAGUACCAACUGCCCAAACUAGAACCAGAUGGAAAUCUUGAUGGAAAUUCCAGAUCUGUGCGAAUGUGCCCUCGCUUUCCCGAGCCCACCACUCUGGAACACCCCAUUCCUACUUUGAAAGAGGCACUUGAAAAGGUUGACUUUGUGUUGCGCAACAGCAUCAACCCUAUCAGCCUGCCCACGUUGUCAGCUAUUGUCAUUUAUAAUGACACGGUACUGUGGACUGGAAACUUCGGCAAGAGAAAUGGGAGCGAUCCAAACUCUCCACCACCAAAUGAGUACACCAUCUACAGAAUUGCUAGUCUAUCCAAGCUGUUUCCCACUUUGAUGCUAUAUCGAUUAUGGGAGGAUGGUAAGGUGGGCUCUCUGGAUGACCCACUCGAAAAAUAUGUGGACAUUUUCACCAUUAAGAACCCCCUGGGCAAAAGCAAAGACUCCGAACUGAAAUAUGUCACUGAUGGCCUUAUCUUUUUGGACAGCGGUGAGGUUCAAAUUCGAUCGUCCUCCGUAACACUAAGAAGAAUGGCCAGCCAGCUUUCUGGUCUGCCUCGAAGGCUUCGUGCAACUAACUUGUUAUGGAAAGGAAAGACCCAAACUGCUGUCAGUCUCCUGCAAGAUGAUGUGCUUGUUGCAGAUCCAGGAACUAAAUGUCACUACAGCAAUCUGGCGUUCUCUUUACUGGCCCACGUACUGGCUGAAAAAGUAGUUGGUGUAAACUACCAGCGAUGGAUCGCUGAGAACAUUCUGGGCAGGCUGGGAAUGGAGGACACUGGUUUUGACAUCAACCCUGGUAUCCAGAGUCAAAUGGCCGUGGGGGUCUACUCCAGUGGUGCGACGGCACCUCUGUAUGACCUGGGUUGGUACCGUCCAUCGGGCCAAAUGUAUUCCACGGCUGCCGACAUGGCUAAAUUAGCCAUGGUGUUGCUGGGUGCCUAUCACCGAAAGCUGCUGGAACCAGACACUCUCAAAAUCAUGCUUACUCCUCUUUUCCGCUGCGAUAAAGACUACUUUGCCAACCGGACCGGAACUCCAUGGGAGGUAAACGAACAGCUGGGAUAUGAAGUGCUCCGCAAAGAUGGAGAUCUAGACGGAUACUCCGCAACGUUCUCUUUGGUCCCUCGGCUCAAGCUAGGCUUGGUGGUGCUAAUGGCAGGCACGAGGCCACAGAACCAAGACGUUGUGUCGAAGGCUUACUCGUAUAUAAUUCCAGCCAUGGAGAGAGCUUUCAGGGAAGCCAGGCGUGUUUUGAAUCCACCACCCAACCCCGCACCAUACGUGGGCUUUUACACCUACGGCAACAUCACUUUUUACGAGAUUAAAGCAGGGCCAGAUGGCGUCUUGAUCAUGCAGCAGUUUGGACCGCAAAUAGAAGAUCUCAUCCCCGAGCGUUAUCGGACCAUAAAAUUGAAUUACCUCGUGGACCGGGUUUUCAGAGUCGUGUUUGAGAAAGAAUACCCCUGUGUGUUACGUGUCAACACCGCAUCGGUGUCGCUUGAAGCUCAGGAUGGGCAGCUUUUUAAUUUCUACGUCUUUGACAAGAAUGGGCUUUCUCCAGGAUUUGAUGCUCCUGGGCUUAACACGUAUAAUGUGGUUCGAAUAGCUCGCAGACCCACAUUCUCCUAA